UAAUACCUCAAAACUCAUAGCCAGAGAUAAGUUAUCGUUCUUGUUCGUAUCUCCAAAUCUUAGGGAAGAAAAGAAAAAUGUCUGAAACACCCAAAUCUCGUCUCACCCUGAUCCUCCAUCUUCUUCUUCUGGUUCUUGUUUUUCAUUCUCUCACCGCCACUUCAUCACUCCAUAACUUGCUCCGGAGCCAGGGCUUGCCCGCUGGGCUCUUCCCUGACACCGUCAAAUCAUACGAUCUGGACCACUUGGGUCGCCUGGAGGUGCACCUCGAAUGGCCUUGCUUCUCCAAAUUCGAGACAAGGGUAUACUACGAAAGCGUCGUCAGAGCCAAUCUUACCUUCGGAAGGCUUCAAGGGCUUGAGGGUCUUUCUCAGGAGGAACUAUUUCUAUGGUUGCCCGUCAAGGGCAUAUCUGUAAAUGACCCUUCCUCUGGUCUGAUUUUGUUCGAUAUUGGUGUUGCCCAUAAGCGACUUUCCCUUUCUCUCUUUGAAGACCCUCCUGUCUGUAAACCUCAAGGGAUGAGGAAGAGUAUGGGAUUUCAAGUUCAGAGAUGAAGAGGACAGAACAUUUCAAAUCAUCCACCUUGAGAUAUUUUUCCAGUGCUAUUGUAUGUUUUUGAAUUUUGAUUUCUUGAUAAGUAAAUAUGUUUUUCAUGUUGAUUGAAGCUAUAAGGAGCUAAGGAUAGUUGAAAUGUGUAUAUGUGUAUAAGGUUUGGAAUCGAAUGAAAUUUGGAAUUCUUUA